AUGGAUGCUCUCUUCGCCCUUCCUCCUGCCCCGAGAGCUGAUUUUCUCCGCUCUCUGCUCCAAUCUUUUCGCUGCACUUACGUUUCUCUCUGGCAGUAUGAUUCCAAUCUAUCCAAUCGUUUGUUCUUCUUCGAUGGUUUCUACCAUCUACCCCACAACCAACCAACCUCUUCUUUAAGGACUCAGUCUCAAACCCUUUUUCACCAAUAUCGGGCUUUAACGUUUGAUGUCAAUGAUAACUGUGUUCCUGGACUCGCUUUCAGAAACCACAUUCCCUACAUAGAGCUCCAACUAUUAGAUCUUUUAAGCCUGACAUCCACCGAAAUACAAAAACAAUUCUUUCAGGAAGCAAGGAUUGAGACUGGUAUUCAGGAAGCGCUUAAGAACUUUCUGGAAACCCUUGGUGUGGUUCCUACGCAAACUAGCCCACACCAACAAAGUAUCCAAGCAUUACCCAAACCAGAGGAUGAAGAAGAAGAAAUAGUAAGGACAUUAAUCCAAGUUAUAUCUUCAACUUCUCUGCCGAAUCAACCCCACCAAAAUUUUCCCAAUCGUUCUUCAAUGAUGCCUCUAGGAGAUACAAUGAGAUAUAAACCAAAUAUUAUAAACCCAAAUAUAACACCCCAUAUUCCAUCGUUUAGAAACUUAAAUUUGAGAGAACACAAUCAAGCAACCCAUCAAAUUGGUUCCCAGAAGUAUUAUCACACGAUAUCGGAAAGAAGACGUCGGGAAAAACUCAGUGAGAGUUUUCAGGCACUCAGCGCACUUCUUCCUCCGGGAACAAAGAAAAACAAAGGGUCGAUUCUUUUAACAGCAAAGGAGACAAUAAGAUCUUUGAUGGCUGAAAAGAAAAAGCUUAUCAUGAGAAAUGAGCAGCUGAUGAGAGUUUUAUUAGGCAAAGAAGGUACUACUGGUAGUAGUGAAGAAAACAGAGGUAGGUCCUCUCACGAAAUAUUGAGUGUUGGGGUUUCGAAUGUGUUGGAAGCAAGUUCAUCAGAAGGGCGAAUGGUGGACUUGCAAGUGAUUGUGAGAGGAGAAAAUUCUCAAGUUGUUGUUUUGAUUCGCUUAUUGGAAUUCUUAGAACGGAUUCAGAAUGUAAGUUUGAUUUCCACGAACACAAACACCCUUAUUACAGGAGGGACAAAGAUUAACGAAUUAACUUUCAGGCUCAAGAUUAUUGAGGACAGUGAAUGGGACGAGGGUUGCUUCGAGGAAGCAGUUAGAAGAAGGUUGCUGGCGUAA